AUGCUUGAGGAAACUCUCUCAGAGCAAAAUGAGAUGAGAAAUGAGAUCAAACAAUUGACUCAGAGGCUGGAAAACUCUGAAAAACACCAGAAAAUGCAAGACAACCAGAUAGCUCAGUCCGUCUCGAGAGCACAGGGCACAUUCCCAGGGAAACCAUAUUUAAAUCCAGUGGAACAUUGCAACCGCAUUGAACUGAGGAGCAGACGUACUAUGGGAGAUCCCCAAAUCACCACUCAGAAGGAGCUUGACUUAGAGAAAGAGCACUCUCUCCUGCCGUUUAAUCAGACUCAAAACAGGGAUGGAGAAGAGGCUACUGAGAAGGUUGAAGAAACUCUUCAAGCUGCCCCACAAAAUCAAACGAUCCCUUUUCCUCAGAAGCUUAUAGCAUCCCACAAAGACGAAGAGUUUAGCCAAUUCCUAAAGAAGAUCAAAGAAAUCUGUAUAGAAGUACCAUUGAUAGAUGCGCUGCGCCAAACGCCGAAGUUCGCAAAGUUUCUAAAGGGAAUAUUAUCUAAUAGAAGGCAGAAGGGCGACUUCGAGACUGUAGCAUUAAUAGAAAAUUACAGCGCCCUCCUUAUGGUGAAUCCCCCACAGAAGCUUCAGGAUCCAGUAAGUUUCUCUAUACUGUGCAGAAUUGGUCUUGAACUCAUACCAAGAGCUUUCUGCGACUUAGGGGCUAGCGUCAGCCUACUUCCGUACUCCUUAUGCAAGAAGCUGAGCCUCCGGAACAUAAAAUUAACCACCAUGGCACUGCAAUUAGCGGACCACUCAUGCAGAUACCCGAUGGGAAUAGUGGAAGAUGUGCUAGUUGAAGUGGGUGGGUGUAUAGUUCCCACAGAUUUUAUUAUUUUGGAUAUGGAGGAAGAUCCUAAGAUACCGAUUAUCCUUGGAAGACCAUUCCUUGCCACAGUUUGA